AUGUCAAACCAGACUGAUGUUCGGACGUUUUUAACUCCAUCAAGUGAAGACCUUCGGCUGUUGAUGGAAGACGGUUUCUGGGAUGUGGAAUACGGUCGCAAGCAUAGUGUGCAGCUAGACAGUGUUAUUGCUGAUGCUUCUACUAAGAAGGGCAGCAGUUGUUCCCGUCGAAAGGUGUUUAAAGCUCGUGGAGGUAAACUAAAGACAGACUACGAUUUCCUUCUGCGCUUGCAAGAUGAACGUCACAUCGGAUUGUCUUCAUUUGAGCAGAUUCCCAUUGAUAUGGUCGGCACGUUCCCAACGGACUAA